CCCACUUCGGCCUUGGGGGAGCACCUCUGACUGCGCCUGACCUCCUAGGGUCCCAGGAGGUCACACGUCAUAGGGAGUUCCCGAGUCGGUCGGUCCACCCGCAGCUGCCACUGUGGGCUGCUGUUUCCCUUCGUGUCCCUGUACUGUGUAUGUACAGCAAAGCAGAGCACGGGCAAGAACGGCUGACGGCUGACGUGACCAACAAGAACUCCGUCCUCCUUCAUCAGCUUGGACCCAAGAUCGACUCAGGGGACGAGGGGCACCGCCAGAUACAUUUUUCCCUCGCCGGGCUUGAAACAGCCACGCUCACCACCUUCCCCCGAGCUCUCCACCCACACCCUACCUACCCUUCUUCCUCCGCCUGUCUUAUGCUUCCGACCUGAACGGCUUCGGUCAUCCUGUUCUGUCCGCGCAUGUUCCUGGUCGUUCACGUGGUUUUUGAUUGCUUUUGCUUCCCUUGACACCUGACGAAGCUCCCCCAUAUUUUUUUCAGAUUAUUGUUGCCAGUAUGCGUUGGAGCCUGCUGGGCCAGGCCGCCGCGGCUGCUCUCGCGAGCGCCUCGACCCUCACGCCCCCGAUCCUGCCUCUAGUGGUCCGAAACCCAUACCUCAGCACGUGGGUCCCUUCGCGCCAUGCGCCCUGGGAAAGUUGGCCCAUUUUCUGGACUGGGCGCACGGUCGGCUUUUCCGUCCUGGCCGCGGUGCCCGGCUCGGGCGACGUCUAUCCACUACUCGGCCGACCCCAGGACUCGCUCGGGGGCUCUAGCAAUGAUUACAACGUGACCUUCCCCGACUACCUCGGCGCGACCUUCGAUGCUUCCACUACGAACCUCACCUACUUGAUUGCCGGCCCCAAAGGCAAGGAUGAGUCUGUCUUGCUCACCUUGUCCUUCCUCUCCCCGAUCACCCCCACAUCUACCCUCAGACAGUCGUUGCCAGCUGCGUAUUUGACCGUCCAUGCCGAAGGGUCCUUCGAUGUCAACGUGUACAUCGACCUGAACGGGGAAUGGAUCACCGGAAACAGGGACAACGACAUCGAGUGGAGGCUUCAACAAUCCGACUUCGCCGACGAGUCGAGAGGCCCCUCCGGAAUAAAGACAUGGAAGAUCAACCGCCGCACCCAACAGCUCCUCACCGAGUUCGAUGACCGGGCCGAGUGGGGGACCCUCUUCUUUUCCGCCCCGGAAGACGUUCACCACGAGAGCGGUGUUUCGGCCGUCCUGCGCAAGCACUUCUCCGCUAGGGGCGAGCUGAGGAACGCAAAUGAUGACAAAUUCCGCAAGAUAAUGGACGAGGAACCUGUUUUUGCCUUCUCCAAGUCUUUCAAGCUGGGCUCGUCGCCCAGCGCAGACACCAAGGCUAGCUCCCAGAGCGACAGCGUGAGGUUCACCUUUGCUCUGGCCCAAGACCCAGUGGUCCAGUUUGCUAGUGCCAGGGGUCUGACAUUUAUGCGCCCAUUCUGGGCUACCUACUUCCCGACCGCUGAGGCAAUGGUCGACUACCACUAUACCGACUUUGACACCGCGAGUGAUCUGGCUGGCAACUACUCCCGGCAGCUCGACAUUGAUGCCUAUGCUUCAGGCUCGUCUGACUACCGAGACAUUGCCGCCCUCUCUGCACGUCAAGUCCUUGGUGCUACCCAGUUCUCAGGUACCCCGGACAACCCAAUCUUGUUCCUGAAGGAGAUCUCGUCCAAUGGCAACUUCCAGACCGUGGACGUCAUCUUCCCAUCUUUCCCCUUCUUCCUAUACACCAACCCCAGGUGGCUGGCCUACCUACUGGAGCCCCUCUUGGAGCACAUGGGCAGCGGUCAGUACCCCAACAAGUACAGCAUGCAUGACCUUGGCUACCACUUCCCCAACGCCACAGGACAUGGCGAUGGUAAUGACGAGUAUAUGCCGCUGGAGGAGUGUGGCAACAUGCUGAUCAUGGGACUCGCCUUGGUCAAUGCGUACAAGUACGAUACCCAGCCGGCGUUCCUGAACGUUUCAUCCGCGGCUGCCGCCAGCCUGCUUAAGGUCCAAGGGACCUCGAUUGUCGAUGAAUACGGCAUGGACCGUGCAUGGGGUUACGGUGAUGUAGCGACUAGUGAUCUCAAACAAGCCCAGAAGUGGGUGCAGAAGUCGUACAAACUGUGGAAGCAGUGGACUGUUUACCUCAUCGAAGAGGCACUGGAGCCUAAGAAUCAGCUGUCCACGGAUGACUUUGCGGGCUGGCUCUCGCUGCAGAGCAACCUGGCCCUGAAGGGUAUCAUUGGCAUCCGGGCCAUGAGUGAGAUCUCAAACAUCCUGGGCGAAGCCAAGGAUGCCAAGUACUACCGCGAGAUUGCGGAUGACUACAUCGACAAGUGGCAGGGUUUUGCCCUCUCCAGGGACAAGAAAUUCCCCAAGCUCUCGUAUGAGUGGUAUGGAUCGUGGACGACUAUCUACAACCUGUUUGCAGAUUCCCUCCUCUGCUUCCAUCUCCCUGAGGACUCGAGCAUCUCCACGUCUGCGAAGUGGCGAGAGCAGGUGCCCGUCUCUGACGAGAAGAAGAAGCCGGACACCUUCAUUCCGGAUUAUGUUUACCAGCUAGCAAGCGACUGGUACUACAACGUGAUGCAGCGGUAUGGCCUACCGCUGGAUAGCCGUCACUUGUACACCAAGAGCGAUUGGGAAUUCUUCGCUGCGGCGGUUACCAGCAAGUCGACACGGACGGAGAUCCUCACGCUGGUGGCCAAGUGGCUCAAUGAGACCGUGACAGACAAGCCGUUUACCGAUCUCUACGAAACCGAGGGAGAAGGAGGUUACCCCGGCGGUCUCGAAUUCAAGGCCAGACCCGUGGUAGGGGGUCACUUUGCCUUCCUCGCCCUGGAGCGUGCCUGUGGCGGCAAAGCAACCGAGGGCUUGAGCUUCCUCGAUGCUGCAGAGCCCAAGAUGCUGGACGUGAUGGCUGUCCUCGAGGAGGACAGAGUCUUUGGCAUGGCCCAGAACGCAGAAAUGGAGCUGUAGGGCGGCGCAUAGGGUUUGAUUGCGUGUAUGUAAGCAGUGGCAGGAAUCAGACCCUUCGCCAAUCAUCUUGGCUCCGCAGGUGAUUGGCGGGAGAGUGUUUGCUGCCGGUGAUUGUGAGAGGGAACGGGCCAGAUUGCAAAUGACAAGAGAGGUCACACCCUAGGCAGACUACCAGACUACAUGGUCUCAAGGUACGCACGUACGUCACCAUAUGCGCGAUGCAUGUAUGAGUGUGUGUGUAUGUGUGUGCUGAACCCGCAGGA